AUGUCGAUGGACAAUGCUAACCCCGUUGUAUAUAAAAGGUCCAGCAGCCUAACGACUACAGAUUCGCAAAAGCGGCUGCUGGAUAAUGAAAACGCUCAAGCUCUAUUCCAUAUAGAUACUACAUUGUUGUAUGAACAGUGUGAUCGAAAAAAUGUGGACACAUCGGGACCGAAUGACCUCUUCAGUCCUAGUACGGACUUCGAGCCUUUCGAAGUUUCGGAAAUAUUCGACAUGAUACGCAAUAUUAAGGACCCGGAAUAUUCUUACACACUGGAGACGCUGAAAAUAGUGGAAGAAGAGAGCAUACACAUUGAUCAAGAAAACUACAUUAUUACCGUACACUUCACUCCCACGGUACCGCAUUGCUCACAGGCAACUAUUAUCGGAUUGAUGAUCUAUGUGAAGCUAUUACAAAGUCUUCCACCGCAAUUUAAAAUCGAUGUACAAAUUACAGAAGGCUCUCAUAAUAGCGAAGGUGCUAUUAAUAAACAGCUUCUAGACAAGGAACGAGUAGCCGCUGCAUUGGAGAACCCGGUAUUGGUAAAUAUGAUCAACGAUGGUAUUUACAACAAUGAAGAUUGA